GGAGGAGAGAAGAGAGGAUGGACGGACUACCCUCUGCUGGAGACAAAUUAAAUGAUUUUGCCUCCAUCAACAGAAAAGUGGAGGGGAUAACUUUUUGGAAUUCAGCCUAGGGCUUCCUCUUUGACGUUUCGCUCACUCCUGGCUUGCACUCUCUCUCACUCUUUCCCUGAGGAAAGGCUGCUGCUUAAGAGGGUAGAUUUAUCCUAAGGAAUUCAGUGCAUAAAGCCUUAGCCACAGUCAUAGUGUCACUCAUGAUGCACAGCUUCAUGGGAGGGGGCCUAUUUUGUGCCAUCGUGGGGAACAUCCUGUUGGUGGUCUCCACAGCCACAGACUACUGGAUGCAGUACCGUCUGUCCGGCAGCUUUGCCCAUCAGGGCCUGUGGAGGUACUGCAUGUCUGGCAAGUGUUACAUGCAGACUGACAGCAUUGCCUACUGGAACGCCACUCGUGCUUUCAUGAUCCUCUCUGCCAUGUCAUGCUUUGCUGGCAUCAUCGCAGGAAUCCUCUCGUUUGCCCACUUCUCGGCCUUUGAGAGGUUCAACCGCUCAUUUGCUGCUGGGAUCAUGUUCUUUGUUUCAACUCUCUUUGUUCUGCUUGCAAUGGCCAUUUACACCGGAGUGACUGUGAACUUCCUGGGCAAGCGCUUUGGUGACUGGCGCUUCUCUUGGUCCUACAUACUAGGCUGGGUGGCACUGCUCAUGACCUUCUUUGCAGGUAUAUUCUACAUGUGUGCCUACAGAAUGCAUGAGUGCAGAAGAGUGGCUGGCCCACGUUAAAGUAAAGAGGAAAUAACGUGUCAAGGGUGCAAAGGAUAUCAAUUCCUGUUCAAAAAUAGAGAAUUUACU